CGCACGCGUAGCGUCUCGGUUGCUAGGGCCGCCUCGCCUCCGGCUGGGUGGCCAGAGUAAGGUUUGGGGGCUCGGGAACCUCGGGGUCGCGACGGGAAAGAUCGGAACCGCCUCUGUCUGUGCCCCGCCCGCUCCGGGCGUGUGAAGCGCCCCCGGCUGUCGCCUGUCCCUGCAGGAGUGAGAGGAUCUCUCCGGUCCCCAUACACCUGCCUCUCUACAGAAGUACCCCCGCCCCCUGCACCCCUGCCUCCCUCCAGAAGCACCCCUGGGUGCUCCUAGUGGUGCCCCGACUCCCGCAGCCGGCAGCCCCUCGGAGGGCGACGCGAGAGCUUCCUGGCGGCCAGGGGAAAACGGAAAGUAGCCAGCCAUGUCGAACGCAAUGUAUAAUAAGAUAUGGCAUCAGACCCAAGAAGACCUCAAUUCUAUGCUCGACAAAGAGUCUCAGAAGAUGCUGGAACCACAGAGUAAUAGAGUUUUCUUCUUCCAAAUGUUAGCCACCUUCUACAUAAACUAUGUGCAGAUCUUUAGAAACCUGGAGAAUGUCUAUGAUCAGAUCGUCCAUCCACAGAAGCGGAUACUGAUCCGGAAAGUGCUGGAUGGAGUGAUGGGUCGAAUUCUGGAGUUGAAGAAUGAAAUGGUCCAAUUGGAAUUAACUGAGUAUCAUUAUUUUGAUGAUAUCUUACAGGAUCUAAAACUGGCUCCUCAACAAUUAGAUAUUCCCAUUCCCAAGUAUUUUUUGAAGGAGAAGUUGGAAGUGAUAAAAGGAAGAGAGAAAAUCCUUGCUCAAAUAUUAGCUGACUGUGGAUUUGAGCCAUCCAGCUUGAAAAGAUCUGUAAAGGCUAUCCCCUUCGAGGAAGCUGUUAAGAUAAUCCAGAUGUCAGAGAGGGCUCGACAAGGUCGUCUAAGAGCACUGUUCAUGAAACAAAUCUAUCUUCAAGAAUACAGAACAAAGCAAGCCAGGCUGCUCGGCGAGAAAAUGGCAGAUCUGGGGGCCGCUGCAUUACGUAUUCAGAAGGUUUGGCGAGGUUUCCAUCAAAGUAAGAGAAUCAAAAAAGAGAGAGAAGAGGAGAUGAUAUUCCUGGGUAUGAACCCACCACCCCAGUUUAAUCAGCUCAGUGCUACAGUACUCCGGGCUGAGAAGGUGAACUGCCUGCGAAAUGAGGUGCAGUUCAAGCAUGAAGAGAGCUACAGAGAAGCCAUGGUUACAAUCAAAGAUGAUCUGAAAACAGUAGAAGGUCCAGACAUCAAGGAGAGCCUUCAAGACCAGAUCCGGCAGUGGUUCAUCGAGUGCAGGAAUUUAACUGGCACAUUUCCUGACUUCCCUAAUGCAGAAGAAGGAGGUUCUGCUGUUAUUUUUUCUAACAAGACCCCACAACAGGUUAUUGCUGAUAUUAUGGCAAGCCAAGACAACGAGGAAAAGAAAAAAAAGAAUAAAAAGAAGAAGGCAAGGAAAGCCAGAAAAGAGAAGGAAAAGAAAGCAACGAAGGACAAAUCUAAGGAAGAAGACGAGGAGUGGAAGAUGUCACCAAGUCUUUUCCUUGACGAAAUGGAGAAAGGAAAUAACUUAUACAAAGACCUGUGGAAGAACAAAGAUGAAUCUUGGAACUUCCCCCAGGAGUAUGAUCCGGAACUCAUCAGAGAGGAGAAACGGAAGGAGCUGGAGUCGGAGAUAAGGGUGCAGGUUGAUGAAUUGAUGAGACAGGAGCUAAAAAACUUAAAAAUAGCUGUGAACAGAGAGAAGGAACUCCCAAACAAACCCAGAAAGAAGAAAGAAGGUAAAAAGAAAAAUGCAGAGAAGAAAGGCAAAAAAGGGAAGAAGGGGAAAAAGAAUAAAGACCUGACAGCUGACAGGACCAUCGAGUCUCUGUAUAAGGAACUCGUGGAAGAAGGCUUGCUGAUCCAGUCUCUCAAAGUCAGCCUCUCUGAUUACAUUGGUGAGUACAGCUACCUGGGGACCAGUCUUCGCCAGGUCUCCAUAGAACCCAUGCCCUCCCUCCUGGAUGUCCGGCAGCUCGUCACAUUGUAUGGAGUCCUGCCUUUAGGUUCUGCAUCGGUGCACAAGAAAGCUCCUCUGGUGAAGUCCCUGCUGUUGGCUGGGCCUUCUGGGGUAGGGAAGAAAAUGCUGGUUCACGCCAUCUGCACCGAGACAGGGGCCAACCUCUUCAACCUGUCCGCAUCCAACAUCGCCGGGAAAUACCCUGGCAAAAGUGGCCUCCAGAUGAUGCUGCAUGUCGUCUUCAAGCUGGCUCAGCAGCUCCAGCCCUCCGUGGUCUGGAUUGGAGACACCGAAAAAACCUUCUACAAAAAAGUUCCCAAUGCUGAAAAGAAGCUGGAACCUAAACGCCUGAAAAAACAGUUUCCAAAAAUCCUGAAACUUAUGAAACCAGAUGACCGGAUUCUGAUUGUGGGGACGACACAGCGUCCUUUCGAUGCAGAACUCCAAUCUUUUUGCAAAGCUUAUCAAAAAAUUAUUUUGAUCCCUAGACCAGACUAUGCUUCCAGAUACGUUUUGUGGAAAGAGAUCAUCCAGCGUAACGAAGGAGUCAUUACUGACGCCUUGAAUGUGAGCUGCCUGGCAAAGGUCACUGACGGCUUCACCCAGGGGCACAUCGUGCAGGUGGUGACCAGUGUGCUCACAGACAGAAGGGUCAGGCAGCAGACGCACAAGCCGCUCACCGCGGUCGAGUUCACUGCAGCCCUGACCGCCAUGGAGCCCGUGUACCAAGAGGAAGAGAACAGCUUCAAGGACUGGUAUGCCAAAACCCCUCUGGGUAAAAAGCGAGCCUUGGCAUUAACAGGAGGUGACCCAGAGAAGGAUAAAGACAAAAAGAAAGGAAAGAAAGAGAAAAAGAAAAAGUAAUGCCUUCCUAAGGAGCCAUCCCUGAGGAAGACUUGGGGAUGGAGGUGGUUCCAGCUCUCCAGGGAGAGACUGACCAUGCCGAUCUGAAGACGCCCUAAGGAGAAGACACCUUCAGUAUACAGCAGGAGCUCCUGCUGGGAGCUCACCAACCACUGCAUUUGCCCAGUUACCCCUUUAGCAGGCUGGAUACCAAGCUGGUGGUCCCUGACAAUUGUUUCUAGAGCUUGUAAUUGUUCUUAAACCCACGCUGAGUUUGUAUACAGCUGAAAUUCACUCUUCACACUUUCCAUGAUCUUUUCAAGGUGGACAUUUCAUCUUCAUCAUACUGGUUGCCAAGCUUAAAAUCCUAUAGAAAAUAUUCUAAUAUGGCAACUAGUGAGUAACUUGGGCAUAUCGUCACUACACUAGCUUUUUCAUAAUCCAAACACACUGUAUAUUAUCUUGCACAUAUUUUAAUGAAUUAAUUCCUUGCUCUAUUAAUAUAUUUUAUAUAAUGGAAUAAAGCUGUUGUCCUUGAA